AUGGCGGAUGUUUCUCCACGCCACGCCGACAGUCGCCCUGCAGCGGCCAAUGCGGCGGCGGCGUCGGCUCCAUCGGCGCCGACGUGGUUUCUCACGGUGCACACGCAGCGCGCAUUGAAACGGCGACACAGCGAGCAGGACGAGCGGGACGAGCGCGACGAGCGGCGGGACGAGCGGGAUGCGCGGCGCAGCACCUAUGGCGAUGAUCCGAGCCGUCUCAUGUCUCUCAUGCUCGCCAACUCCUCCUCCUCCGCCCACCCCGCGCGCCCCUGCUCCUCCGCCCACCCCACCGCGCGCCCCCGCGCCAAUGACGAUGGCGCCGUCGCCGGCACAAACCCCAGCCCGCGACCCCUCGCCAGUCUAGCAGGACCAGCUACUUCCCCGUCGGCUUUUUCACCGAGCGCCAAACCCACCGCAUUUGCCGGCCUGGGAAGUCACGGUCGCGGUCUCGCCCCCAUUCGUGCCACUCCCGCUUCGGUUCCCGCUUCUCAUGCGAGUCCUGCCUCGUUUCCGCCGACGUCGCCUGCGCUCUUCUCUCUCCGCCACGCGUCAAUCCCUCGCGGCGCGCUGCCCGAGCUGCUCCUGCCACGGGGUCACAAGACCAUGCACCGCAAGAGCAUGCAGCGGAAAGGCAUGCACCACGCGCAGACCAGCGCCGCCAGCACCAGGAAUGGCGGCAACGGGAGGAGGAAGGGCAGCGGCGGCGGCGCCAGGAACGGCGGUGGCGGCAACGUGAGCAAGAAUAAGGGCUGCAGCAGCAGCAGUGGUGAUGCUGCCGUGAGUGGCAGUGGCGGAGUGAGGCAUGAGGUGCCCUCGCCAGCACGCUGCCUUAAGAGGUGCAAGGUCGCUGCUGCUGAUGUUGAUGCUGCUGCCCAACAGAAGCUCUCAGAGCGCCCGUCAGCAAAACGCAACACUACAGCAGAAGGCAGCACUCCAGGCAAAGCCUCUCCUCCCACUCCGCCCGUCACGCCGUCAAACGAGGAAGUUACGCCCGCUUCAUGGGCCAAGGCAGGGCUUGCAUUGGAGCCUUCAGGACCUGUAGACAAGGGCCUUCUGACCCUGGGGACUGCAGUGCUGUGUGAGGGCCAUGCGGUGGAGAGCGGUGGAGAAAUGGCGAGCCCUACAGGGGAGCAUGGAGAUGUGGGGAUGGUGGGCGAGCCGGCGGUGGGGGAGAGUGGCGGGGCGUGUGAGGGGCAGAUGCGGGAGCAGCUGAUGCAAGCCAUCAAGGAGCGGCUGGCGCAAGCACAGCUGCUACAAGCACGCCUGCUCCAGACACGGCAAGCACUGCAGCCGCAUGGGGGAAGCGGGCACACCUCAUGUUCCGCCACCAAUGUUGCUCCACGGUCGCCCCCCGCACUGGUUCUUGGGGCGACCCAAAAUAAAUGCUCACAAGGGAAAGGUGCACUCAUGUCAUGCUCACCUGCUGCCAUCGCCGCAUGCUCGCCUGCUGCCGUCGCCGCAUGCUCGCCCACGGCAUUGUCCACCACAGCAGGGCCUGUGUGUGCGGCUGACUUGAACCUGCCACCCGCUGACGUGGCAGGGGGGAUGGAGAGUGAGGCAGUGGUUGUGGAAAGCGAGGAUGCGGAUCUUGCCCUGGCUGCCAUGGCCAUCGAGUGCGAGGUGCGGGAGGCGCGGGGUCUAGAUGCCAGUGCGGAUCUUGAACCUGCCUCUGAUGAGUGCAUGGGCGAGGCUGACACUCCUCGUACCGCUCCUACUCCAGGCUGCAGUGCACACGGAAAAUUCCCUGGCACAGCAUGCCCUGCGGGUCAAGAUGCCCAUGCCGACGCCUUUGGGAAUGCUCGUGGAAAUGCCCUGGAUGCGGUGUUUCUGUUUGCCUGCAACCUGGGGGCUGAGAAGGUUUCCGGUGCUAAUGAUGUUUUUGCUGCCAACAGCAGUAAGCUGGAUGGUGCGGAUAGUCGGGCCGGGUGCAUAGAUUUGACCUUGCACCUAUGA